AAAAUAAUAGGUUGGACAAAUUAGUUUUUUGGUAAGUUGUAUUCCUAUUUCUCUCUCUCGCUCGCUCUUUCGUGGACUCCUCUUCUGCUCUUUGAUUCUGGUUCUGGCUUCACAACUUCACUCAGUCACCACCAAGGCACCAAUUGCAGCUCAGAAGAAGAAGGAUGGAUUAUAAAGCUAAAAGAAAAUCAUCAUUUCGUGAUAGAUUGAAUGAUCAGAAAAAAGUCAAGCGCAUAGUUUCCGCUCUUGUAAGGUAUAAUGACAAUAAUCAGCCAAUAUGUAAGGUCUGUGAUGUUGUCUUGAAGUCAGAAUCCUUUUGGGAUGUGCAUCAAGUUUCCCGUAAACAUCACGAGGCGAUGAGUAAAUUCAAAGCCUCUGCAGCUGCAUUAAAUGCGGGAAACCAGGGAAAACCUGAGUCCCGUAAGGAGUUGCCUAAAUCUAAACAUGAAAUUUUUGAAGAGUUGCAAAGCAGUCGAUCUGAGAAUUCAAUAGCAUCAACUAGACCUCAGUUAUCAUCAGGGCUUCCUCCAAAUUUUUUUGAUAACAAUGACUCACAAAAUCCAAAUACAAGCACUGGACCGGAGCAUGCAAGAGCAUCAACCAAAUCUCAGUUGUCAUCAGGGCUUCCUCCAAAUUUUUUUGAUGAUAGUGACUUACAGAAGGCAAAUACAAGCACUCAACCUGACAAUUCUAGAGUAUCAACCAAACCUCAGUUGUCAUCAGGCCUUCCUCCCAACUUUUUUGAUGACAGUGACUCACAAAUGGCAAUUACAGGUACUAAGACGGAUAUUAUGACGCCUGCCAAGGGGCUCACACAAACAUCUCAAAUAACUGGUUCGGAAGCAAAGCAAGUCAAGGGAGCACUUCCAGAAGGAUUUUUUGAUAACAAGGAAGCUGAUUUACUUGCAAGGGGCAUAAAGCCUGUAAAGCCAGACGUCAAAGAUGAGUACAAAGAAUUUGAGAAGUUGAUUCAAGACGACUUGCAAGAGGUGGACAAUCGUAUGGAAGAAGACGAGAUUGAUGCUGCCGAAAUGAUCGAAGAAGCUGAGUCUGUUGAGCAAAAGACUUACAGAGAGAAAGUUGAAUUGUUGAGGAAGAAGAAGAUGGAAUUGAAGGCCGAUCGGUCUGCCAAACGCAGCAAAGGUACAGAGGGUGUUAGUGUAAGGCCAAAACUUGAGGAGUCGUCUAGUGAUGAUGACAGCGAUGAGAAUUUCGCAGUUGAUUGGAGAGCUCAACAUUUGUGAGUAUCUUGUAUUAGUCAAAGAGGUAAAGACAGAAAUCUGUCCUUAAAAGUCAACCCUUCCAAGAUAGUUAUUAUAUACUCAAAUUAUAUGUUCUUGGAGAGUUCAGGGUCAGCAUAUUAUUAUCACUCAUUGCAAUUUUUUUAGUUUGUACA